CUCUCUCUCCCGAGAAACAUUGGCCAUCCACCAAAAUAAAUUCGAGGCUGUCAAUAUUUCUCCUCUCUCUACCGCUCACUGCGCGCGCGAGUCCACGAUUUCAAUUUCCAAGGGGCAAAAGGAAAAAAAGAAGGGCGCCAACGCAAACCACCGCACUCGGAGAGAAUGACAAGUCUAUCAUCCGAUCUCACCGUCGAUCUGCAGCCGAAGAACUCCUGCGUCGGCUGCGCGAUGGCCGAGGCGGAGAUCCAAGCUCUGUUGGAUAACAUCUCCGUCAGUUUCUCGAAGAAUCCCGCCAAAUUCCUAGGGUUCGAGAUCCCAGAAUCAGAGCCCCUCGACUGCUCCGGACUCCUCCGCUGUUGGAUCGAGAAGUUCGGCGCCGAUUCCAAGUCCCCCUUGUGUCCAGAUCUCAAGAAGAGGAUCGAAGCGCUGGUGUCCAGGCUGGUGCUGAGCGAGAGAGGAAACACCUCGCGUGGCCGGAAGAGGAAAUUGGACGAGGAUCUAGUGGAGAUGUUGAGCUUACUAAGAGGAGUUGCUGCUAAUCCCAGCGAUCGAGCUGAAGAAGACCGGCAAUGGAAAGAUAAGAUUCUGAAUGCUCGGAAGGCACUGUUUCUGAAAGCUACUGAUGUAGCUAACAUCAAGGAGUUUCCUUAUCUGCAAAAGCAGAGGAAUCGUAAGUUUUUUAGUGCAACAAACAAUGGUCCAGACUCAUGCAGUAUAAUGAAUAAUGGGGUACGCAGAUCUCAAAGAACAUUGCUGAAAUUCGGCAAUGGUGAGCUUCCCAGAAAGCGUAUUCCCAUUGGCCCUGAUUUUCAGGCUGAAGUACCUGACUGGAUAAAUUCACCCAAUAAGGAAGAUUCGUCGGAUGAAAAUGAUGAAUUAGAUAAUUCCAGGUGGCUUGGCACCCAGAUUUGGCCAAUAGAAGGCGAUGAUCGACCAAUCAGCAAGGAAAUGAUAUGUAAAGGAAAGCAAUACUCAUGUGAUUGUACCGCUCCAGGUUCUGUGGAGUGUAUCAGAUUUCAUGUAAACAUCGAGAGGCUUCACCUUAAAUCUGACUUGGGUCCAGCUUUCUUUAGUUUGGGCUUAGCUGAAAUGGGGGAAGAAGUUUCCAAGUCAUGGACACAACUGGAACAGAUGAAAUUUGAUGAGCUUUUGAGGCAGAAUCGUCUAGCCGAGGGUAAGAGCUUCUGUGAACCUGCUUUGGAGUUUUUCACCUCCAAGAGCAGGAAGGAUAUUGUGAGUUUUUACUUCAAUGUUUUUCUUCUGAGAUGGAUGAGCAUCCGGACCAGAAUGGGACCCCAGACAGUUGAUAACAGUGAUGAUGAAAGCUUCGGAUGGGAAUGAACAAAAUGGCCAAGUCAUAAGAUACAAAUUCUAAAGGAUGGUAACGAGAUUGAUAGCUUAGUUCAUUUUUCCAUUUUUAGGAUCGACUGUAAAACCUUGCUCACGAAGAAUACAGAACCUGCAUGUUGUCUUUUAUAGCAGUUUCCUUCAACUUUUCGUAUCGCCUCCACUUCAACUGCAGCUUCAUCUGAAAAAGAACAUGAAACAGGAAAGUUAUCAACAUUUACGUACAUGCAUGAGUUGGCGCUAGCAUGUUUUCUGUUUACAACUUGAUAUGGAGGAGACACGCUUUAAUGAGUUUUUGUAAAGAUCUUGAGACUCCAUUUUUCAUUUCAUUUUUUGGCGAGAAAGGAUAGGUGCAUACUGCGUAGUGAUGACAAGUUCAAUUCUACAAGAUUACAUGUUACAGGAAAGAAGGAUUUAACUCAUCUCACUUUAUUACCAGUUAAUAAUAAAGGGGAAGAAAAAGCAAAUGGAAGCAGGAGCAGGAGCAGGAGCAAUUUCUCGCUUUUGAUCUUUGAAUAGCAGAGAGUGUUGUGUGAUGAUUCCCAUGCAAUCCCAUCCAAACUUUAUUAAUACGAGCACAAUAAUAUUCCCUUGUGUUGUAUGUGGUCUUGGACCCAUUGUGAACCCCGAGGCAUGGUCCUGGGUCCUGAAUCAUGCCAAAGAUCUUGCAGGAAUAUUAAUCUCUUAGCAUGAUUUGUUUAGGAGCUGUCCCUAUUUUCUUGUGUGCUUCCAUGCUUUGUCUCCCUCUAAUAACACGCCAAAUGAUGCAUUCCUUCCCUUCAUUGGGAUUCCCCUGCAGUGGGAUGUGUUGUUAUGAAAAGAUACAGUUGUUUAGGAUUUAGGGGCUCUUUUAAGUUGAUAAAGUUGUUUAGGGUCUAUAAGUAUAUGGUUAGCAUUGAUACAAGGUGAUUUCGAAUCCCAUUGAAUAUCCAACCAGUAUGUUUAUGAGUGUAUAUUAUGUGUGUGUGUGUGUGUCUGUGCGUGCAUCUCAUUGUUGUAGUAAUACACGUAACCAAUGCACGCGCAACUUGAUAUCAGUUAACUGUACAUCAAACUAUACCAAAUGCAAUGCAAUGUAGAGCAAGUGUUCAUCCUUAAAUAGCCAUUACCAAUGUGACAUAAAAGCAGAAUACAUAUGUGAAUACCCGGCAACAAGUUGUGAUGUAUGCACUGAUCUUGAAUUACAUUCGCAAUGAUCAUGUGAAUGCAUGUACCAAUUCUGUCUCGUGUUUUACACUGCGCAUACGCUGAUUA